AUGUGUGAGCAUUUAUCUUACCCAAACUCCAUUCCUAUAUCUCGUGAGCAACUAGUUCUAAUUGUCUUUGAUAUUAGUCAUAUUACCAGAAUAUGUGUGGGUAACAUUAACUUUAUUCUCUUCUCCGUUUAUAUUGUUAAGAAUUCUGUUGUUUGGCGAGAGUCAUUCUCUUUUAGUACAGUAUACUUUAACACACUCACUGUUGAUCCGGUCAUACCUUCUAAAUGUGUUGACAAAACAAAUUGCCACCAGUUUGGUAUAGCAAUUUGUACUGCGCCAGAUCUGCAAGUUUGGGUUCAGAAAACCUGUCCUAUGUAUUGUCAUAGUUGCCCAACUCCUUCAGUUCCACAGAAUGGAGCUUGCCUGGUUGGCUCAAAAAUAUAUAAACCCGGAGAAACGUGGCAGGAAUCUUGCUCAAUGACGUGCGUCUGCGAAGAUGGUUUGAGAGGAAUUGCUAGAUGUUAUGACAAGUGUGCCCAAUUUGCCAAUUUGCCUCCUAACUGUCAAAAGGUGAAGUUAGCAGGGGAAUGUUGUCCUAAAAUAAAAUGCGAUCAAGGGACAAUUAUUGAUUCUGGUGGUUCGUCUAACAAGUCAACCGGUCACUCAAUCCAGGGUUGCAUGUACAAAGGACGUUAUUAUCCCAAAGACCAAGUGUGGACGGAUGGAUGUGAUUACUCAUGCAAAUGUAUUAACGCCACUCAAGGAAUAUACGAAUGCACCGAAAGGUAA